UAUAUAUAUAUAUAUAUAUAUAUAUAUAUAUAUAUUCUCUCUAUCUCAUAUGAAUAGGUACCAACAUUUUCUGGGGUCAAGAAAAAAGUCGUGAUGGCUAUAACCCUCAUCCCUAGAGAGAGAAAGAGAAAGUGUUUUAUGUAUUACCUAAUUGCUUAUGUCUCAUUUGGUUACCUACUUAACUCGUAAUUACUCAUUCUCCAGACACCACUGAGCUUCGGGUCGUCUUGUAUAUCAAAAACAAGGAUAAGAUUUUUUUAUUCUAAACCUUAGAAGAAAAAGCUUACGAAGCUUUUCUAUGAAAUGUUCACACCGUCUUAAUCGUCAUCAUCACUUUUGGCAUCGUUAAUUUAGGUCCAAAAUUGCUAUUGGUGGUUUUGUUUAGAUUCAGUUCUUUUCAUAUCCUCUGUGUGUGUGUGAGAGAGAGAGAGAGAGAGAGAGAGAGAGAGAGAGAGAGAGAGAGAGAGAGAGAGAGAGAGAGAUUGUUUAACGUUAAAUUAUUUGGUGUCACAAGAAGAGAAAGAGAUGAUAAAUAUUUUAAUGAAAGAGAGAAUAGAAAAAGACGCCACCUUAAGUAAAACAGAGAGAGAGAAAAAAAACUAUAUAUGAGCUGGCUUGGCACCUAUAAUUAAUUAAGGUAACAUUUUUAAAAUUAAGCUCUAAGGGAAAGAUUAAAAUGGGUAGGUGAUAUGAUUUUCAUUUCACGUAUCUGAUUGUAUUUUUUUUUUUACAAUUUGUUCUUAAGAAGAGAGAUGUAGUAUUCAAGCAACGAUUGUGAUUGUUAAAACUCCUAUAUCUAGCCUUUGUCAAUUUUAUGAACCUGCUCUCUUUGGAAAACAGGCCUCUCUUAGUUCAUUCCUGAGUUAGAAAUCAGUGUUUGUGUUUUCCUUUUUCACCUUGCCUGACUUGAAGUAAAAACAAUAACGAUUUGGUAGUUUAUUUCAAAAGGACAGAUCUUAAAUUAUGGAUUGACUGACUGACAGUCACUUGUUCUUAAAAUCGUAGCUGCGUACAGUUUCGUCCGGAGUUUAGAAUCAAGCUGUUUAGUACUUUAAUACAUUUCGACACUUGCGAAAUUUCCGGUGAACGAUUUAUCAUCUAUCUCCUUUGGGCGACCUGUAUUGAUAUCCCCAUUGCCACGUUUUGUUAUUUUUUGCAGUUAUUGUCGCGAGUAAAGUUAAGGAACCGGGUAUGAGGCUGAAAGUCACACUCACUCUCAUUUUAGAGAUGGUCAACAAGACAUUUUCACGGCUCUAGUUGAUAUUCAAGGGCAGGCAAUGCCUUGUCGGCUUAUUGAGACGUCUGCCAACCUUGUCCACUACACCAAACCUCAAGCUGAGAAGUGCCACAGUAUCGCUGGCGACACUAACCCUUUCGAAACUAAGAGGCAUUAUCGUCAUUAACGAUGGGGCUCAGGACCUUGCUUAUAAUCUUCUUCAUAUCAAUAUUACUCUUGUGCGAGAGUAUUCUUUCGUAUGGUGGGGAUGGCGUAGGGGUCGAUGAUUUAUUUUCCCCUGAAUCUUGCCAAGUGAACGAAUCCAAUGAGACAAACUGGAAAGGAUGCAGCAGCAAACCAGAGGAAAGUUUCUCUGUCACUCCAAUAACGCCUGAAAACUCGGAGAAAGGCACAGAAAGGUUGGAGGAGCCAAGAACAAAAGAACAGCAUCCCAAUGGAACAUCCCAUCCCUACCCAACAGUCAGGUUCUGUGGAGUUGAGAGAGACAACGGCGAGGUCGCAAUCAAUUCGUCGAGCAGACUCAAGAGAUACAUAAGACAAGGCUCCAUAUGGCGUAAAACCAACCUGAAAUGGACUCUCAGGACGCCGUCUCUCCGACCUGGACUUCCCUCGGACGUCGUCAGGCAGCAGCUGAUUGCUGCCAUGAACCUCUGGCAGCAGGAAUCGACGCUUGUCUUCGAGGAAGUGAGUCCCCAAUCCUCCAACAUCGACAUCUUCGUGGAUUUCCGUAAAGGCGAUCAUGGAGACGACAACAGUUUUGACGGGCGGGGUGGAACUCUGGCACAUGCUUAUUAUCCGGGACCUGGGAUAGGUGGGGACAUUCACUUCGACGACGCAGAGAACUUCGUGUCACAUGAGAAGGUUGUGGAAUACGUCUCCACCAGUCUGUUGGUUACUGCAGCCCAUGAGCUUGGCCACUCGUUGGGGCUCUCGCACUCUGAUGUUGAUAAAGCUCUCAUGUCACCUAUCUACCAGACUUUCCCCGUGAAUUUCAACAAGUUGCCAGAUGACGACAGACGUGGGAUACAGUCUUUGUAUGGAAGGCCUGAAGUACCUGAGUCUACAGAGAGAUACACUUUUCCUCCUCGGACGACUCCUUUUUUAAAGACAACAACAACAACACUAAAACCAGUUAUACCGUCAAGCAGGCCUCAACCUGGCACACGUCCUCCACCAAGGCCACCAAAGCCUCAUGUGCCAUCAACUACAACAAGGAGACCUCCCAAACCAACCAGGCCACCAGUAAUCCCCGAAGCAUCAUGCAAAUCUGGCCAACCAAGGCAAGGAGUCCCUGACAUGUGCAACACAGAUUUCGAUGCUGUGACUGUGUUUCGGCAGGAAAUUUUCUUCUUCAAAGGUAAACACUACUGGCGCAUCAGUAGAAAGGGACGACUCUACGAGCAAGGGGCCCCCCACUUGAUCCACAAGUUUUUUGUAGGCUUGCCGCAGGAAAUAGAUCGCGUAGACGCAGCGUACGAAACUAAGGCGAGCAACAUUGUAUUGAUAUCUGGGACAAGAUACUAUGAGUUGGACGGCGGCCUCCGUUUGGCCAAGAGCGAUGUGCUGCUGAGUCUAGGAGUAAACGCCACCAGACUCAAUGCCGCAAUGACUUGGGGGUACAAUGGGAGAGUCUACCUCUUCAGCUAUGACUCCUAUUGGAGGCUCGGCUACGACUACCAGGCUGAGCUCGACUAUCCGAGGGAUUCCGGCGUGUGGCGACGCCUUCCCGAGAACUACACUGGUGCACUGACCUUCAGGGCCAAGACAUAUUUCUUCAGUGGAAAGAUGUUCUGGACAUUCAAUGCGAGUGGGAUGAACCUUGAAGACCCCCUUUCAAUUGGUCCAUACUGGUUUGGCUGCCCCAACAGGAGAGUGGAAUCACGGAUUCUCUGCCUCACUUCUUCAGCUCCUUACAACCAGUGGUCCAGUCAGCUUGGGCUUUACCAUACCCUUCUUGUAGCAGUAAUUUAUCAACUCUUCCAGGAGUAAUUCAAGUUUGCUUGAGUGAACUGUUCUCUAUGAUCACGUGACUGAAUAUAUUGUAAGGAUUAGUCAGGUCUAGAAUAAGUGGUGUCUCUGGACUUUAAAGGAUUAGAGUACUAGAUUCAGCAGAAAAAAAUGUGUAAACUAACUAAAGUUUUAGGUGAAAGUGACCUGUUUGUGUGAGAAACAUUACUGAAAUGUUGAUCUAGUACAGCUAGACCCCAGUUUUUAGUACUUAAAGACAAAAACAAUAUUUUUUAUAUAUUUUUAAUUCAUGAAAUAUAAAUUACUCAAUUUCUUGUGAAAUAUAACAGCCAGUAAGGAUGUUCAUUGAAACUGAAAUGAAUAAGGUAAGACAGGCUUCCCCCAUUUUAUUUAAAUCUAUUUCCCAUUGUUUUAUCCUUUGUUUUAGGUAAGUUGAUCAUUGUACAUUGUUCACGUUUCGGUGGGUUUGUCAUUUUUUCCGGUGGUUUAUUCAAUAUGUUUCUAUUAACCCUUAAUGUUGGUACAACACAUUUUUCUUUGGUUGAAACCGAGGUUUUUCUCAUAUUACAUUUUGUUUUAGCAAAUGUAUAUCGGUUUCACUAUACUCUCAAGUGGUUUAGUUCUUGCUCUGUGGAUUCAUCCCUUAUCAAUAUUAAUAUAUCCUGUUUUUAUACCAAUAUCCUUUUAUACUUUUAUAAUAUAUCUACCUGUUCUUCGUCGAAGUGACAACCUAGUUUACGUAAAAUCCGUGAAUAAGCCCUAAAACCUACACUAAGUUAUAAAGGGUCAUUCUGUUUCUACAGACCUGUUCAGAUCUUGCCACAGAAUUGUACUGCAGAAGAAGAAAGAUUUAACUGAAACUUACAGAGUUCAAGAAAAAGGUUAAUACUCUUUUGACAUUGCAUAGGUUUAAAACUUCUUUUCCAUGUUCUCCCCUCAGAUCUAGAAGAAGAAGAAGAAGAAAUAGUAGAAUGAGAGGUAGAGAGAUUAUGGAAAGUAUUUCAGCGUUCGUGGCUACUGCAGUAAUAAUGGUCCUGACUGAACCUUCAAAUUCAUUCCACCUGGCAGAAAUUGAGCUGUGGAAUGACUACAUUGGCCUGAACAGCAGCUAUUCGACAGAGGACAUAUUUUUGAAGCAGGAUUCUGUGACCAGAAUAUCGAGGAAUUCACUACAGCCUCAGCUUUGCGGACAGAGUUCUUACAUACCUGGAGAGCAAUCCUCUGCAGAUGACGAUGGAAGAGCUGAGGCCCUACGUUAGGUCUCUCCUGCAGGAGCUGGACUUCCUGAAGGUUGUGGAGGACUUCGUAGCA